AAUGAAAUUGUUUGGUUUUUUAUAGAGACAAACAAAUAAUGAACAUCAUAUUAUUUACUCAAAUAAUGAUGAAUAUCAUGGUAUUUACUUUGAUAAAAUUCUUAAGGUGAGAUGAAAGACAAUAUGAAGCAUGGCAAAGGAGUUUAUAAGUUUGCAAAUGGCAAUCGUUAUGAAGGAGAAUGGUUAUUUAAUCAAAAACAUGGAACUGGAAAAUAUUUUUACAAUAGUGGAGAAUUAUAUAUAGGAUAAUGGUAACAUAACAAAAAGAAUGGACAUGGACAACAUUUUGGAGUGUAUGGUGAUAGAUAUGUUGGACAAUGGGUCAAUAAUUGUAAACAUGGAAGAGGAACAAUCUAUUAUGCAGAGAACUCAAUUUAUUCAGGUAAUUAUAUACAAAUAUGUGUGUAGGUGAAUUUUAAGACAAUAAGAAGCAUGGUCCAGGCUAUUUUUACAAUUAAAGUACGAGAGAGCUGACUUAUUAAUUAUAUGAUAAUGAUAAAUUAAAAGAGUAAAAAGUAGUUGAUUAAGUUCCUUGUGAAUUUGAAAAUGUGUUUUCUGCUGUUUUAGUGAAAGAUAAUAAUAUAAUACAUCCUCAACCAUUACCCAAUAAUAAACCCGAGGAAUCACAUUAAAUCUAGCAGGAAACACAUGGAUUCGAUACAUUAUAAGCAUUGAAUGAAACAGUAACUUUAAAAGGGAAAAAGAAAAGUAUUUAAAUCUUAUAUUAUAUUUUAAUUUAAUAGUGUAGGAUUGGAAUAUAGAGGAAGUUUGUACUUGGUUAGAUUGUUUAGGAUUAUCAUAAUAUAAGGAAAAUUUUAUUAAAAAUCAUAUGAUUGGAGAUACAUUACAUGAUCUAACAGAUGUAGAAUUGAAAGAAGAGUUAGGAAUAGAUAUAUUAGGACAUAGAAAACUCAUACUUUAGUAAAUAAAUAUGCAUAAGAAAUAUUAUAUUAAAAAAAUGGCAGGAUAACUACAUAGAAUGGAUAGUGAAAAUUCAGCCGAUUAAUCAUCAAAAUAUGAUUAAUUAUAUUCAAUUAUUUAGAAGAUUGAACCUGCAAUUGAAAGUCCUGGAAUGGAAGUACUAAAAUAAAAGAAAUCAAAACGUAAGAGGUCAUCAGAUUCUGAAGAAAAGUACAUUUCACCUGAAUAAAAAGACUAAUAAUAAGAAACUGCAAAGUUCUCACCAAAAUAAGGGAAUUAAGGAUAAAGUUUGAAAAAAGAAUCUAAUUAAGUAGUAAGCAAUUUUAAUAUUAAUAAUGCAACUGGCUCAGAAUCUUCAAAUGAGAGUUCUUGUAGUUCUAAUGAAAAAUAAUAGGAUUAGUAAUUGGAAUCUAAUUAAUCUAGUUCACCUAACAAACAUUGCAUAUUAUCAGAGAAGAAUUUAUAAUAGAAACAUUAAGAGAAACUAAUGAGUUUAUUAUAGGAUUUAGGAAUAAAUGAGAAAUUAUUAAUUAAUUAUUAGGAGAUUAAAUAAGGUGCUUAAAUAGGAAAGGGAAGUUAUGGAAUUGUAUUCAAAGGAAAUUGGCUUGGUUAGGAUGUUGCAAUUAAGUCUUAUUGUAAAAAGAAAGAUCAACAAAAACAUAAGUAAUUAAUGGCUGAUUUUCUUAAAGAAGUUUAAGUUAUCUCUAAUUUAAGACAUCCUAAUAUAGUUUUGUAUAUGGGUGUUUGUAUAAAGAGACAUAAUUUUUACUUAAUUACUGAGUAAUUAACGAUAUAAAUUUUAGAUAUAUGGAAAAUGGGAGUUUAUAUGAUCAUAUUCAUAAAAGGAAAACUAAAAAUCUUAAUUUUUUAUAAAUUAUUGAAGAUAUUACUUUAGGAAUGAAUAAUCUUCAUGGUAGAAGAAUAAUGCAUUGUGAUUUAAAAUCAUCUAAUGUUUUAAUUGAUUAAAAUUGGAAUGUAAAAUUAUGUGAUUUUGGACUCUCAAGAAUUAAGAGUAAGAAAACUAAAAGUAUGAUUGGAACACCACAUUGGAUGGCACCUGAAAUCAUGAGAGGAGAACCAUAUACUGAGAAAUCUGAUGUAUAUUCAUUUGGAAUGAUUCUAUGGGAAAUUAUUACUGGUAAAAUACCUUAUGAGAAUUUGUCUAUAACAUAAAUUAUUGGUACAGUAGGAUGGGGACAUACUUAAGUUGAGAUCCCUCAAUUUAGUAAUCCACCUAUUUUGGCCAUUCUAGCAUAGGAUUGCCUUAAAAGAGAUCCUUCAUAAAGACCAACAUUUGCUAAGAUUUUGAAAAAAAUAUAAGAGAGUUAAAAGAUGGAAUGUAAAAACAAAGAAAAAGCAAAGUAAUUUUUAAUUGAUUUUUUAUCUAAUUGAC